GAAGAAGAAGAAGAAGAAGAAGAAGCUCGUUUGCCGGUGAAGCGGGAGGAGGGACCGCGCAGGGGGAGGGGCGGCGCCUCAUAUUCCACCCUGGGGCGCGCAUGCACGAGCACAGUCCUGAGCACCAUGUUCACAGAAGUGCUGGUGGCCCUGGUGAUAGGAGGGCUGAUCUUCUUCCUGGUUCAGAAAAGCCGAACCCAGGUUCUGAAGACUGAGGAUGGCUGGUGGGGGGCCGGCGCGCCCCCUGAUGACGUGGGGGACAUCAGCAUUCGCCCCUUCAAAGUCACCACCAGCGACGAGGAACUCGAGGACUUGAACAGGAGGAUAGACCAAACUCGCCCCACCCCCUCCCUAGAAGACAGCCAGUUUCACUAUGGCUUCAACUCCCAGUACCUGCAGGAGGUGGUGUCCUACUGGCGAAAUGACUUUGACUGGAGAAGGCAAGUGGACAAGCUCAACCGGUACUCCCACUUCAAAACCAACAUCGAAGGCAUUGAUGUCCAUUACCUGCACGUGAAGCCCAGGAUCGUUCCAGAGGGGUCCACCGCCAUUCCCCUGAUAAUGGUCCACGGCUGGCCCGGCUCCUUCUAUGAGUUCUAUGGAUUGAUCCCUCUGCUCACGGAACCGGCGGACCCACAGGAUCUCGUGUUCGAGGUGGUGUGUCCCUCCAUACCAGGGUACGGUUUUUCAGAAGCACCACAUAAGAAAGGUUUUGAUUCGGUUUGUGCGGCACGCGUCUUUCAUAAACUGAUGAAGCGCCUGGGCUUCCAGAAGUUCUAUGCUCAUGGAGGAGACUGGGGCUGGCUGGUCACCACCAACAUGGCUCAGCUGGAGCCUGGGACAGUCAAAGGUUUGCAUGUGAACUUUGCCCCCAACUCCAAACCUAGUCUGUCCAUGGUGUUCUCCAUCCUGCUCGGCCAACGCUUCCCUAAGAUGUUCGGCUUCACUGCCCUGGACGUCCAGCGUCUCUAUCCCCGCAUGGACAAACUGGUGGUGGAGCCCAUCAAAGAGACGGGCUACAUGCACAUCCAGGCCACCAAGCCUGACACCGUGGGUCGAGGACUCAAUGACUCCCCGGUGGGUCUUGCUGCCUACAUCUUGGAGAAGUUCUCGACGUGGACAAGCCACGACUUCAGGAAGCUGGAGGACGGAGGACUCACCAGGAAGUUCUCUCUGGAUGACCUGCUGACCAAUGUGAUGAUCUACUGGACGUCGGGCUGCAUUGUCUCCUCCAUGAGGUUCUACAAGGAAAACUUUGGCCAAGGCCUCAACCAGCCUCAUUCUAAGAUGCCUGUCUAUGUCCCCACUGGCUACGCCUGCUUCCCCAACGAGCUGAUGCACACCCCCAAACCCUGGGUCGAGCACAAGUACCGCAAACUCAUGACGUACUCGCCCAUGGCCCGCGGUGGCCAUUUUGCUGCCAUGGAGGAGCCCCAGCUGAUGGCUGAGGACAUCCAGAACUUCACGAAGAGGGUGGAGAAGAAGAAAUAGUCCGAAGUAGAUGCGUCAGAUUAAGAAUUCAGCUCGCUGAUGGUUGACAAGCUGAAUUGCUUAUUACUUUCAUCUAGUGGAGGGGUCUUCCACUAAAAUGUGAAGAGGUCCAGUUACAGAACAUUUCUAGAAGCAUUUAAUCAAUACACGACUAACAAAUCACAGAAAUUCAAUAACAUUUAAAAAACUCUCUGACAAUAAUAUUGUCAAAUAACAAAAAACUCAACAUAUGUGUGACUGCAAAUAUAAAUGUUCUCUCAAUUAACUAAAUAAAAGUAGGACUGCAUUUCAAAUUCUGGUCUGCAUGUUUAAUUCAGAAAAAAUUAAAUAAUGGGAAGAUAAGUUAACCCGGUUUAACAAGUGAACAGUUGAAUAUA